CGGACUUGAUGGUGUCAUGUCACACUCAGCCAGUCGUCCAAGGGAGCGCCAGCCAGCAGGACUGACUGUCGGUGUGGAUAUGAGAGGAAGUCAGAUGUGUUAACCGCGUAUCAGCCGGUGAACAGGCCGCUGCAGCAUCCAUCAGAGCGGGACUGCCCGACCGCCCCGGAGCCUGCUGCCGUUUCAUACCAACCGGCUAGCUCGCUAAUCUCAAUCCCCCAGUUUCAUCAUUUAGGGGCGUUUUAAGGGACGACGGUGAGGGGAAAGCGUGGCCUCUGGCUAGCAACGUACGACUGCGUUACCAGCUGCCCUGGAGAGCUAAACACCCCGUUUCUUAUACGUAUCAACAUCACGCUGAGAUGGAUAACCUAAGUGACGCCCUGGAGAAGCUGAAGCUAGCGUCUUCAGACAGCGCCACAGACAGCGUGGAGGGCUGCCUGGACUGCCUGCUCAAAGCUCUCGCCAACAACAACACCGAGGCCAGCAUGAAGAUCCAGGAGAUGGCGGUCCUGCCCCUGCUCCCCGGCCUGCUAAAGCCUGAGUCCUCCUACACUCCAAAAGUAGCCAACAUCAUAGCUGAGUUGGCCAAAAACGAGUUAAUUCGGAGUCCCUGUGUGGAAGCCGGUCUCAUCCCUCCUCUCAUUCAGCUGUUAAACUCCAGCGACCAGGAGGUUCUCCUGCAGACCGGCAGAGCUCUUGGCAACAUCUGUUACGACAGCCAUGAGGGCAGGAGUGCAGUUGACCUGGCAGGAGGCGCUCAGAUAGUAGCUGAUCACAUUAAAUCGCUCUACCAAAAUACUGAGCCGGAAAAUGAGAAGCUCUUGACUGUCUUUUGUGGCAUGCUGAUGAACUAUAGCAAUGAUAAUGAUUCCUUACAAGCCCAGCUGAUCAACAUGGGGGUGAUUCCCACUCUGGUGAAGCUGCUCGGCAUCCAUUCCCACAACACAGCCCUGACAGAAAUGUGUCUGAUUGCCUUUGGGAAUCUGGCGGAGCUCGAGUCCAGCAAAGAGCAGUUUGCCUCCACAAACAUCGCCGAGGAGCUGGUGCGUCUUUUCCAGAAGCAGACGGAACACGAGAAGAAGGAGAUGAUUUUUGAGGUUCUGGCUCCGCUUGCAGAAAACGAUGCGAUCAAGCUGCAGCUGGUGGAGGCCGGCCUGGUGGAGUGUCUCCUGCAGGUGGUGGCUCAGACUGUGGAUGGGGAGCGGGAGGAGGACAUCGCCCAGCUCAAGACCGCCUCAGACCUCAUGGUUCUGCUGCUGCUGGGAGACGAGUCCAUGCAGAAGCUGUUCGAGGGAGGAAAAGGCAGCGUCUUCCAGAGGGUUCUGUCCUGGAUCCCGUCGCACAACCAUCAGCUGCAGCUCGCCGGGGCCCUUGCCAUCGCUAACUUUGCUCGAAACGAUGGAAACUGUAUCCACAUGGUGGACACUGGCAUCGUCCAGAAGCUUCUGGAUCUGUUGGAUCGACACGUUGAAGAAGGGAACGUCACGGUUCAACACGCAGCUCUGAGCGCCCUGAGGAACCUCGCCAUACCAGUGGUGAACAAAUCAAAGAUGCUCUCAGCUGGAGUAGCAGACGUGGUGUUGAAGUUCUUACAGUCCGAGAUGCCGCCGGUGCAGUUCAAACUGCUCGGGACGUUACGCAUGCUCAUCGAUACACAAGCUGAAGCUGCAGACCAGCUGGGAACCAAUGGGAAACUGGUGGAGCGGUUAGUGGAGUGGUGUGAAGCCAAAGAUCACGCAGGAGUGAUGGGCGAGUCCAACAGACUCCUGUCAGCCCUGAUCCGACACAGCAAGUCCAAGGAAGUGGUCAGAACGGUCAUCCAGGGAGGAGGCGUCAAGCACCUGGUAACCAUGGCGACCAGUGAGCAUAUGAUCAUGCAGAACGAAGCGCUGGUGGCUCUGGGGCUCAUAGCAGCGCUGGAUCUGGUUGCAGCAGAAAAGGACUUUGUUGGAGCCAGUCUGGUGUCUGUGCUUCACAAACUGCUGUCAGACGAGCGGAGCGCUCCAGAGAUCAAAUAUAACUCCAUGAUCCUCAUCUGUGCUGUCAUGGGCUCAGAGCCUCUCCACAAAGAAGUCCAGAGCCUGGCGUUCAUCGACGUGGUGUCAAAGCUUCGUGCCCACGAAAACAAAACGGUAUCCCACCAGGCGUCGCUCACAGAGCAGCGGUUAACUGCCCAGAGCUAAAUGACUGUGUCAAACCCCUCCCCCCAAACACACACACACACCCAUCCACCCAAACGCCUGCCUGACCACCUAAAGAUCACCCAACCACACCUCAUGACUGCCCCCCCCGUGCCCCAUCGUCAUGUGCCAAGGUACCAUGUCGCGUUAACUGCCAGCUAGACAUACGGUCAUGUUUCCGCCCCCUUAACCUCUGCCCCGCCCACAUCCACACCAGGGUCAGACUGAUGCGUCGGAGUAUUUUGUGCCUGAAAUGUUAUCGGUGUUUUUUUAGGAUUUGCCCAGACUUCCGUGUUUGUUUCAGGUGGACUAGCUGUCGGACGCCAAAACUCUCCUCUGAAAGCCAUAAAAAAGAGAUUUAUGAAGCUGUGUUUGUAGAUCCAUGACGCCGAGCGAGGCAGCUUUUCAUUUCAGGUCUUUACCCUCUAGACUCCGGGAACACUUGGAUCGGACGGAGCAUUAAAGCAGCUCAAAAACAGAAUAUUACAGAUAAUAACACCAUCUUGAUGACUCGAGCUGAGAUGGGGGAGUUUAGGGGUAACAGAGAAAGGAGUGUGAUGCAGGUUGAACCUUUCCUGUUCUUUUUGAGUAAAACAAGAAGGAAAACAAAUCAUACACACACUAACAUAAAUGGUCCUUUACAGUGAUAGCGACUUAAAAUAUCUCAAAUGUUUUCAUCCACAGGGAAAGGUUAAAAACGGCAACAGGCACUGCGGGGUCUAGAGGGUUAAACACCCGUUGAAUUCUCUGAAGUGAUUCGUCUCAUCGACCUCCUGUCCUCUUUUCUUUGAAAUAUAACAUCCAUCAGUCCGACCCUGGUGCACUCCUCUACUUGUGCAUGCAUCUCUCUGCUACAAGUAGCUCCACGGGAGCCGAGGCGCCAUAAACAGCCGAACGCAAUAGAUAAGAGACGACACUCUUCUACGACCAUAGCUGUGAUACCAUCCGCCUAUGAAAAGUGAAAAAAAACAAAACAAAAAAAACAUCCACAUGUGUAAAAACGUGCACAAAAGAACAAAAAAAAAAAACUUCUUCCUGUUGUGAUUUUUCUUUCAUUUUUAAGAAAAGCAACCGUCAUGAUGUGCCCAGUCGUGUCCCAUGUAGCUCGAGUGUAAAUUGACUAGAAACUGUGCAUGUUAUCGUCCUGUUGAAGGUGUGACCGUGUUCAUCCCGCCUCUCUGCCGCUCGCAUUCUCCAGAAGACAACCCGACCUCCUCCACACACACACACACACACACACACACACACACACACACACA